AUGACGGAAAAUAGGAAAAGAUCCAGAGAGGAUGACUCUUGUGAGUUUAUGCCAUUAUCAAAGAGGAUAAACAACUUGCAUAUAAACAAUAACCUGGUUAACACAACUGUUUCACAAACACCAGAUGCUAGUGGAAUAACUCAGGAGAAUGGAAUCUCGUCACCAAGUUCAUCGUCAAGUGAAGAACGUAGAGCAAGCUAUGAUCCAGGAAUGUCAUCUUCUCAGAGUAGUUAUUACUAUGACAAUAAGUUAUUAUUCGAAUUACAUUUAGAGAGACAAAAAGUACGACGAAGUGAGGAAGAGUCUGAUAUGAAUUUUGCUGCAUUCUCUGCGGUGGGCUCUGCUGGCACUCACUUUGUGACCACAGGAGGCCAGCUACCAGUCACUAAAAUACAGCAGAAUGUGUCAAACAAUGGAAGUAUACCACAGAUGUGCCUGGCGAUGGGCGAGGGUGGGGUACAGUACGUGCGGACGCUGGAGAGUGGCGCUACCCUGCAGGCCGCACCACAACUCAUAUCGGUACCCAUAGCGUUACCGGGAGCCAAGCCUGGUGAUCCUCAACCCACAGUACAGAUCCAGGUGCUAAGUCCAAACCAUUUGAUACAAACUCAACAGCAACCGAAGUAUCAGAUGCAAAUUCCAAUUCAAGGAUUUCAACAAGGUGGUGCAGUUCUUACAGUUGCGUACUCGCCUGAGACGAACGAGACUGGCAGCAUUCAGCUUGUUGGACAAGGGGGACUAGGUGAAGGAUUUCAAGUGCUUGCAGCUUUACCACAGGAAAUGCAACUUGUGCAACAGACGCAGGAGAAGGAGCCGCAGAUGCAUCAGGUGUUCAUAACGCCGAAUCAACAGAUAAUAAUCAACAGUCCGGACGGUAAGACGCUCAACAACAACACGUCGACUGACAACAACAACACCGGCGUCACUGAUAUCAUCAUAAAGGAGGAGUGUGAAGAAAAUGUUAAUGAUGAUGAAAGUUCUCAAGGCACUGAAAACAGCGAGACCAUACAGUGGCAGAUCGGCGGUAAUCAACAGGACCUAGUCAAGUACCUCAGCCAGUUGCCACCACAGCAAACACAGCAACUACCAGUUUCACUACAACAGUUCCUGCGACUCAAUCCAUCGUCUGAUGUCAAGAAGGAGGAGCCCAUAGAGAUGGAGGAAGAUGGCGCCAGUGAUGAAGUUAAAGAAGAACCGGUGGCCGAGGCUGUCUUCGGUGAAGAUGGUUCAGUCCGGAUACAAAGUAAAAAGAAGAAAAAAUACAAGAAAAAACCACCGAAGCCGGCGCGGCCAAAGCCAGGACAAGUUGUCAUAGCCACAGCUAUGGACGGCACACCUAUAUUUUGCUGCCCAGAGUGCCAGAUGGCUUACCCAGAGAAAGAGCAACUAGAAGUACAUUUGUUGGGACACAACAUUGAAAGAAGAUUUAUAUGCGGUAUAUGCGGGGCUGGGUUGAAGCGCAAGGAGCACCUGGAGCGCCACAAGCUGGGCCACAACCCCGAGCGGCCCUACGUGUGCGGCGUGUGCCGCAAGGGCUUCAAGCGCCGCGAGCAUCUCAACCUGCACACCGUCAUACACUCCGGCGUCAAGACCGAGAUGUGCACCGAGUGCGGGAAAGGUUUCUACCGCAAGGACCACCUCCGCAAGCACACGCGCUCGCACGAGAGCAAGCGCGCGCGGGACGAGGCGGCCCAGGACGGCGCGGGGGCCGCCCCACCCCCGCCGCCUACGCCGCUGUCUGCGCAGGCGCAAGCCAACACCAUACUGCCUGAGAUUACCAUACACAUACCGACGAGUUCGAGCUCGGCGGUGCCGGUGCAGAUCAACAUCCCGCAGCACGUGGUGAGCUCGCUGGCCGCGGCGCAGGCGCAGGCGCAGGCGCAGGACGCGCACGCGCUCGACGCGCUCCUCAAGCACCACUCGUGA